GUGCUAAACGUUCAAGGUAACAAACUUAAAACUCUUCCUACCAGCAUUGGAAAUUUAGCAUCUCUUCAAAGUUUAAUCCUUCAAGCAAAUGACCUUCGCAAGCUCCCACCUGAAAUAGGAAAUCUCAAAAGCUUGAGAACGCUGAAUGUUUCUGAAAACAGCAACUUGCCUGGGGUUCCCCCGACUUUGGCUCGUGUGAGAACUUUGGAGACUAUUAUACUUGAUGUAAACACGGUAUCAUUUCCACCCAGAGAUGUGGCAGCUGAGGGAACAGCCUCCAUUAUGAAAUAUCUUUGCAAAGUGGCUGAAAUUGAGUAUGUCCCUCCAUCCAAGCAUCUACUGAAUGUGCUGGGAAAUGGAACAGCUUCAAAUACACAAUUGUGCCCUUCACCAGUGGAUGAUCUUGUGGCAAGCACUUUAUCAAAGCAUGAGGCAGAGAAGGAAAAGAGAAGACAACAGAUGAUUGAAAUAGAGAAACAGCUUCAUGAAAUAGAUCUGGAGCAGCAGGCCUUGGCUGCAGCUGCCAAUAAACACCGUACUGACCUUGUGGACAAGAUACGAAUGGCUGAAGCAGAAAUGGAUGACCUUACAUUGAUGCAGCAGCAGCAACAAGAAGUUGAGAGAAAAAAGCUGGUGUCAGCAAUGGCAGCAGAUGAACAGCUUACUAAUGAUACAGUGGCAAUGAUUUUGCAAGAGAAUGAACGAGCUCACAAGGCGGAAAUGAUUCUGGAUGAGAUGGAAAAAGAAAGAAUGAGAACUGAGCAACUGGUGAAGGUGACCCAGGAAGAAACCGAGAAACUGAGAAAAGAGGAGGUGUUAGUGUCCAUGGCUCGUCUUUUAGAAAGUCAAGAAAGUCAAAGUCGUCUCAUUAGAGAAUAUGAACGAACAAGAGAUAGAACUGCUAGUGAAGCCAUGAAUGAGGCUUUGGAAGAAGAUGUACGGUUGCUUGGCAUUCUCAAUGAACAGCACGAUGACAGAGAUACUUUGAUCUCUGAGAUUUCCAAAGAGGAACGCGCUCAAAUGGAAGCGAUCCAAGCUCUCCAGCUACAAACGGACGCUAAACAUCGUAGAAUUACCGGCCAGAUUUCAAUGCUGCAAGACGAGCUCGUGAAAUUGACCCUUACAGAACUGGAGAAAAAAGAUGAACGACAAGAAGUAGAGAGGGCUGCGCUGGAGUCGAGGAGAGAAGCUUUGACAGGACUGAUGGUUCAGCUUGUGGGCGAACAACAGAAGAGAGAAGAUGACCUCAUGAAGAGACUUGUUGAGAUGGAACAUAAAAGAGAAACUGGUAUUGAGGAUUACUGGCUGAUUCAGUAUCAAAGGCUCCUUGAGAGUAAACCAGAUACCCUGCUUGCGAAGCAGUGUGACGGUGUUAUUUCCGAUAUCCUCGCUGAAGCUGAAGCCCAAGACUACGCCUCACACUUCGCCCGUCACCGAAUCACGUGGGAAAUGCUUAAAACCAUAACAGACCAAGAACUGAAGGAGUUGGGUAUACACGAGCUUGGAGUUCGGAAGGCAAUCCUGAACGUUGUCCAAGAACGGCUUCGCUUCGAUUCGAAAGCGAAGGAAAAAGAAAGCAAAAUUGAAAACCCUGAGGUACCAGUCCCUCAGCCAUCUAUGUCCACCACACCAGUGGCACCCAUAGUUGAACACCGUGACAUGACAACGGAAUGCGUGAUUUGCAUGGACCAGAAAUCGGACGUAGUGUUGCUGAAUUGUGGUCACGUUUGUUGCUGUUUCAACUGCUCCAGCUCGAUAACUAGCUGUCCAAUGUGCCGUAACCCUGUCGUACAACGCAUCAGGAUAUUUGUCUCAUAAAUUUCCAGUAGUUCUGUGCUUUGUAUCAGUAUUCAAGGUAUAUAAGAGUCCAUAGCGAUACAUAAUCGACGUUAGUCGGGAGAACAAGUGUUGCUCUCGUUAACUCAUCUUUUUGGAAUCGGAACACGGUUCGGAUUUUAUAUUUCCUUAUGAAAAUAUCUCUCGGAUUCUUACGCGAGACUGGCACCGUUUUGUUGAAGGUUAGUUUGUUGCUUAGCAACUUUUCAAGUUAUCGAAGAGGAACUUGCUCCCCCGACAAAUACAAGUUAAUGUUAGGGACUGAAUGAUUGCGAUACAUAUUUCUAUUCAGAUCUGAUUUUUUCAUCAGCCGAGGGCAAACCUUCCUGAUUCCUUAUACACCACUUGACAUAACCCAUAUGUACAGUUGUAAAUUUUGCAAAAUUUUCCGCAGACCCAUGAAAGCAAAUGGGUUUCGCAUACUGUUAAAAUUUUAAUUCCUUUACUUUUUUUGUACUUAAUUACCUGUGAUGUGUGUUGUGACAAAGUUUUCAGCUCAGUAGUUGUUGGCAAUAUUUAAAUCUCCAAUUGUAUGGGCGGUGCAAUGCAAAGAUACAGCAGUCGGCGCAACUGGCGGUUUUUCGGGAGCUCAAUGAUUAAUUCAGGACCUCAAGCAGUCGCGAGGGCGACGACUAGAAAAUUUCUAUCCAAAACACGUUGUUACCUGUUUUUGGAGGGGUAUGAAGUGUUUCAUUUCUCGAAUGGCGCAGGACCUCCUCAGAAUAGCGUCUGAAAGUUGUGUUAAGUUAGAUGAAUGUCAAUUAUUUUCCGUGGAGGAUCUCAGAAUAAACAAAACGAAAAGUGUAGGCUUAGGGUUAAUGUCAUUCUCUUUGAAUAUUUUGUUUGCUUUACUAGCCGAAACUUCAGAAAACUGCCAACUACCCACUGCAAAGGGAAGUUGCCUUGCUUCUCAAACCAAGCAAACCUUGUUGGGUUUAAAACGUUACAUUUUUCGCAGUUUGCAGCGAAGACUAUAAUCUCCGUCGAGAUUCUAAACGGUUUUUUUCUUCUCAGGGCUUGCAUCAUCAGUUAGCCACAGACUUAUCGUAUAAGUAGAUGUGACGUAUGGAGUUGUAUCUCUUUUAGAGUGUCACGCUUUUUUUAUAGCUCUGGCCCCUGUUUUUCUAAGGUUGGAUAGCGCUAUCCAUUGGAUAAAACUCUAUCCGGUAGAUAAUGCUAUACGUUUUGCCAUCACUUAUCCGUUGGAGAGCUAUUUAUCCGUUGGAUAGUGUUAUCUGCCCUUUACACAACUGGGCCCUGAUGUAUCAAAAGUUUUCCUUAAUCUCAGCUAUUGCUGGUGAUAAUUUUUACAAAUCAUAGAGUGUAUCCCACCGUAUUAAACUUAAUUAGCCUAAUUCAAGGAUAUAACCCCCUCCUUAAGUCUCAGUACAUUUUCAAUGUUUUAUUUGUAAAACAACAAGAAUCCAAGGUUACUUUACUUUCUUCGAAGGAAUUCUGUCAGCGGGAAGUUCAAAUUUCCGCGCGAUAUUUGAGACAAAAUUCUGGCGGAAGUGUCACGCGCCUAUUCUGUGAAUCGAAAAAAGACCAAAAAAGGAAAAAUUGAGAAAAAGUAUUUCGUAAAUUUCUUUUGAUAAUCUGGCGAAAUGUAUUUCUCAUUAUAGGGCUUUGGCUAAGUGCCUGUCCUCUUCCUGUAACACUUAACAUUUGGGUUUACAUUUAGUAAAAGUGCCAUUGUAAAAGGACAAAAAGGAAUCUGAUGGUGGGUCUAAACUGAAUUUUGAACAUGAUGUAAAGGCUGGCCAGACAUGCUAGCAGCACAAUAAGUAAUUGUGAAUGUACUGGAAGUAAUAACUAACUUCAUUCAAAUGUCAAGUUAAUGUCGAUUAAAAAAUAUAUCGAAUCUGCGCGGGCCCUUUAUACGCUCAGUUGAAGCUGUACUAGUCGCAUGGUUUACACUUCCAAUCGGCAUUUUGAAGAGAGGUGAUAUUUCUUAUUUAAGGCAAUCACAAGGUGUUAGUUGAGAAUUGUUUUUCUAUUGUUUGUAGUUAACUUAUUUUAUCACUGUGUCAAUCCCUGCGUUUAGCUAGUGUGAAGAAAAAUCCCCUUGUGCUGAUUAAACUUAGUCAAAGAUAACAUUUUGCUGGAAAAUAUUUGAGUUCCUCAACAAUUGCAUACUUAAACAAUUUUGAAAUCUCAUACAAACUCUAGUUAUUCGCCAUUCUCUCUGGUUUCCGAUGUAUUUCACGAUUUUAUUUGUGAAAUUGUCCUCUUGCAUUUGGAAUCAAACCUGUUAAAUUUCAACAUGAUAAUCGCAAUUACAUGAAAUUAAACUAUCGCUGUAUAGAUUAGGCGAGUGGUUUAUCAGCAAAAUGUUGUUAUCUUUGGAAAUCAAAUAAGUACAGAAUUUAUAGUGUUAAGAGUCGUGCCUCCUUGUAUUUGAAGAGCUUAGACAUUUCGGAUUCUCACCUCCAUAAAAGGUGACAUUAUCGAGGGAACAAUUCCCUGUUGUUAAUCGAGACGUAGUGUACGCUUAGCACUUAAAUAAUUUAGAUCUUAAAUGGAAUGGCUGGAUUGUUAGUGCUAAGAAAGAGGACCAAGCAGUCAGCAAAACAAAUUUUGUUGGCAAAAAUUCAUGGAGCCCCAAUUUUUUUCAUUCAGACCUAAAACGCGAGUAUCAUAUUAUAAUAUCACGUCAUGUUGCGUAGCAACGUUUCUGGAACGAAAAACUGAGGGCUCAGUAUAAUUAUGAUGAUAUUUACCCGAGACUGCGCAUGCUCAGUGGCAGAUACUGAAACUUCCCAAGGAAAUGAAUAAGAUUAACUUAAGUUCGUUUCUCGAAAUGAAGCUAAAGUAAUGAUAAACGUAACCUUUCCCGUAGAUAGAGAUUACUCCAUGAAAAGUGCGCACGAACGACUUUUAUAUUAACGAGUUGUGAUGAACCAGUGAGCGCAGCGAAUGAGUGUUUUUGAUGCAUCGCAACGAGUGAAUGAAAAUCGUUCAAGCACUUUUCAUGGAAUGAUGGUUUAAUUUCAUCCAUACUGAUUUUUUUUCCUUACUGACCGACUCAUUUCAAAGAUUGGAAGGAAGGACUGUGACAACGAACGAUAGUACUCGGUUCAGAGUGUAAAUCUCGGUAUGUAUGAAAUUAAGUGUGUAUUACAUUAAAGUUCAUUUCUUAUCAUUUUUAGAAAGCAAAUAAAUGCAGAAAUGUAACUUCGCAUAAGAAUAAAAAGUUUGAAACAGAGAGUAAA